GCUGCAGAGAACAUCCUACCUCGGUGUGCAUGAAAUUGCGAUGAAGUCGCCGGAUGUGCAAUGGGUUGAUAUAAAUGAGUUCGAGGUACAAAGGGUAAGGCAGGAGAAACUGCACCGUCUUCGUAGCUGUUGGGAGCUACCAUGCGUUGUAUUGUUCUUCUCUUUUUGGAAAUCGUCUUUGAACGUAUUGGCAGCGUUUGAGACUAAUUGCAAAUCUAUCGAAGAAGCCCUGCUGGAUGAGAAUGAUUUAUUAUUAGCGGAAAUGCACGUGAAACUACUCAGAUCUAUUCUAAAACGGAAUGAUAUAACAUAUAAUAGCAGUAUAGGUGGAGUGCCAACGGCACGCGUCUGGUACGACGUCUUACUCGGCAUUGUGAAGGAAUACGGCGACAAUAGUCCCUUGCUGGAGGUGAUGGAGGAAGCGUUCACGAUAACUGACGGUACUAAUUCGGAUAGGGACGCUACUAAGAAUGCUUAUGACAACCUUGCGAUAGAGUUGCGUGUGCAACUGCUUUACAUGCUGUGCAACGUGAGCUUGGGGGCGAGUGAUGUAUUCGCAGAAUAUGUGGCCGAAAAGGAAACGGAUGCCGAUGCGCUUAGACUUCAAGUUGUGGGCGUUGACUCUGAGCGCAGUACAUACUACUAUAUGAAUGACAGUAGGUUAUACAUGGAGUAUUCCUACGUCGAGCGCAAAAUAAAGAAGUCUGUUGCUAAACCAAGAGGCAGGCCGAAGAACAAAGAGCGUGUGGUGUUUCAGCCGAGAUUAACCGAGCGGCAGAUGGCAAAGCAACAAAAAAUGGAAGAAAGCUUAAAGACCAAGGCACCUCCCAGCGGCCGAGGUACUAAGCGGAAGGCGCAACAGCCCGUGAAAAGCACAUCGAAGAUACAAGUAGAAGAAGAUGUCGACAUAGAACCCAAGGAAAACUUGCCUGAAUUCCCAUAUUUCAUAAAGAGGAAACAGUACUGUUGGCGUGCGGUGUGUGUGACCUCGAAAGAAUGGAAGAAUUUGAUCGCUCGGCUGUCAAAGAGUCGACACAAAGUGGAAAGAGAACUAGCGGAAACUAUCAAAACUUUAGCUGAAACGGUGGUCCCUUCGCUGGAGCGUGCCGAGCUCGCGGCAGAAAAAGCGCGCACACUAGAUGCUUUGCCUCGACGUUCGUCAUCAAGAGUGAAAACAAAUGAGCAAAUGUCAGAGCGGGACAAAAGGAUACAUUUCUUAAAGCGUGAAGAGGAGCGUCUGAGGACAAUAGCCGAGAAAGAGAAAGAAGAAAUUAAGAAAGCCAAGCGGCAAGCGGCCGAAGCGGAGCGCGAACGCGAGCUAGCAGCACGUGAAGCCAAAAAUGAGGAAGCACAGAGGCGGCGUGUGGCACAAAAGGAGAAGCAGCGACGAGCGAAAGAACGGGAAAUCAGACUGAAAGACCGAGAGGCCACGCUCGAGCAAGAAAGAUUAGAAGAGGAGGCUAUAGCAGCAGAGCGAGAGGAACGAUUGCUGUUGAGGACGAUGCCAGAGGAGGAAAGAAUUCAGUACCUCGCAUCUAAAGAGGAACGGACGAGGAAAGCUUCUAGCAUUCCAUCUUAUCCAUCCUCGAAGAAAUUACGAGUGCAAGGAGAAACAGCGACAUCGCGGACAUCGAGAACUUCAAAGGUAAAGCCCACACCCCUUCCCACCGAGAAUGAUCGGGAGAGCGAAAAGGCUUCCCGCCGCAUUCUCGUAUUCAGUUCUGCAUUCGCCAACGAAGCCGCGAGUGCAGUGGUGAAGAAAGAAUAUAAGGAUGUCGGAGAUUACCACAAGUUUUACCAGGCUGCAUGCCGGAAUGGAAAGGCGAAGAUCGUACUAGAUGCUGGUGGUGCUUGCUAACGUGUGCUGUUCCAUUGCGACAUAGUAUGGCGCAUCGAGAUCGUGCAUACUUGACCAAAAGUAUUGAGUGUGCGAAGAACUUUUGACAUUGACAAUGGCCGCCGGAGAGUCAAUUACCCGCAUUGAAGACAAAUAGCACGCAACUAUAACAUCAAUCUAGUAGUAUGAACACAGCACUAAACAGCUAUUUGAGUCAACGUUGAGGGCACGCCGACAUCCUUGAAGACUGUACUUAAAGUUGAUGGAGAUGGACGUGCCUAAUUUCAACAACAGGUUGUGUACAACGUCUUGCAUUGCAUGUAGCUCUGAUCAAGGCUUUGGUAUCGAUUACAUACACGAAUCUUGAAUAAGUGUCGUUGGGUUCGAUGAUGCCCGCUGAAGUGGCACUUGGAGCAUUACUGGGCUGCAAUUUUUUUUCCCUGAUGAAUGCGUACCCGCGGACGUCGCACGAUAUAUAAAUUGCUGGCAUCUGAAAAGAGGUUCAUGGCGAACAAUCAGGAGGGUCCUGGCGACGCGAUCGGUUAUCUUCGGUUGAUUGCAUGUUUUAUCACUUACUUGCGCGUGAUGAGUUCUUAGGCGCCAACAAGUUAGUUGACUGGCCAGGCCCAAGGGAGUGCAGAAAAACCCUCCGUAGUCUAAGUAUUUGUGUAUUGUAAAACUCUCGUGAAAUAUAUGCAGGUUGACCUUUCGAAAAUGUGUCAAUUCGGCCAAGCUUUCUUCUAUAUUACAUGAGCAAAACCAUAUACAGUUUUCACUGAUAACAAUUUUGCACGGCGUAGCUACAUAGUAUUGAAUAAAG